AUGAGUUCCGAGCGGAGGAAUACCUAUCUCGACGCCGGAUUCUCGGACGAUUCCGACCAGGAUGUAGGCUACGAUUCCGAAGCGGCCGAAGUGUCAAAGGCCGGGAGGGCAAGUAAGAGGCGGAAAAUCGAGCACGGAAGCACUGACGAGGAGGAAGAACUGGAUGCGUACGAUCUGAAGCGCAGACGAACCCCGGAGGAGAAGAAGAAAACGGUGAGCGGCCCCUCCGCGACGGCCCAGCCAGAGUUCGACGACCGUGACGAUGUACAUGAGAAUGAGGAGGAUGGCGAGGAUGGCGAGGAUGCCAAGCAUGUUGAGAAGCAAGGUCGGGAUGCAGAAGCGACCAACGCUACAGCAGAAAACCAAGAACUCCAGUCCGCGUCCGCGACAGGCGGGCCUACAAACCAGAAGAAACCCAAGAAAUCCAAACACAAGGAGACAACUCCCGGCGUGGUGUACCUCUCAUCCCUCCCCCCGUAUCUCAAACCGUCUGCGCUGCGUAAGCUCUUGGAACAGCGCGGCUUCUCUCCAAUCAAGCGGCUCUUCCUCUCCCCCGCGUCGAGGCACGCACACAACUCGAAAAAGAACUCGCGCCAACUCUACACGGAAGGCUGGAUCGAGUUCUCGUCCAAGAAGGUUGCUCGAAGAUGUGCUGAGACUCUGAAUGCCACGACCGUGGGCGGGAAGAAGGGCGGCUAUUACAGAGACGACCUGUGGAAUAUGAAGUACUUGAAAGGGAUGGCGUGGGAGGAGUUGAUGGCUGGCAUCAGGGAGGAGAAGAGAGAGGAGGAGGGCAGAAGGGAUGAAGAGAGGAGGACCAUCGCCCAGGAGACGAAGCGCUUCAUCGAGGGCGUGGAGGAAGGGAGGAGGGUCGAGGGAAUCAAGAGAAAGAAGGCUGGCAGGAAAGGAGACCGCGAGGAGACGGGAAAUUCUGGUGGAGGUGACAGUGCUGUGGAUGUCAGGAGGACAUGGAGGCAGACUGAGGUCAAGGGCAAGAAGAAGGGCCAGGACUCUGCUGUGCCCGAGAGGAUAAGUGAUGAUGUGAAACAGGUAUUGAACAGGAUCUUCUAA